AUGCGAUUACCAUUUAGCAAAAAGGAUAGCAAUGUUAUAGAACUCCCUAAACCAUUCUCAUCACAUUCACGCGAGGAUAGCAGCAGUAGCAGCAACGCAUCAACAUCAUUAUCACUUACAGCGCAAGCGCCGAUAAAAGCUAAAAGGAAACGAGCUAACGCCUAUCAACUUGAACGGCUACAGAGUUGCUACGACGCCAACCCAUUCCCUUCGAAUGACGAAAGGCAAGCACUAGCAACUGAGCUCAAUAUGUCUCCGAAUUCAGUCAGGAUCUGGUAUCAAAAUAAGCGACAAGCUCUACGGAACCACGAGAAAGCCCAGAGUUUAUCUCCAUAG